UUUUUCUACCAUCUUCACUCCAAGUUUUGAAGAAAAAAAUUCUAUGCUCACUCACUACUGAAAAUAUUUUCUCAUUCAAAUUUCCCCCAUUUCUUUUCCUCUCAAAGCUAACCUUUUAAGCUGGCUGCAACGAACAGCUGCGUCAAAAUAAAAUAAAAAAUGUCAGUUGCAUUAGGACAGGAGCUACGAUUUGGAUGGAGUUGCUGCAGCACCAACUCCUUCCCAAUGGGGAACUGCAACACCCAAGGGAAGCAAACGACUCGUCGUUCCUUUCUAUUAAUCGCCUCUUCUUCAUCAUCAUCUUCUUCCAUAAAUGGCAGUAGCAGCAGGAAUUCUGCUAACAACGACAAUCAGAAGCAGACCGGAGCAUCGGUGGUGUCAGGUACAACGGCGAGAGGGCGGCGGCUACUCAAAAUCAGAGAAGAAAAGAGGAAAAGAGAAUACGAUCGUCUUCAGAAUUAUCCUUCCUGGGCCAAAGUCCUUGAAAAUGCUUGCAAACACGACGACGAGCUUCGAGCUGUUCUUGGUGAUAGCGUUGGCAACCCCGACCUCAUGAGAAAAAGAGUUGAAGAAAGAGUUAGGACGAAAGGUCGUAACUUUUCCAAAUCUAAAACUGGUUCAGUUCUUGCUUUCAAUGUCAGCUUUAGAGACUUCAAUCCUGUGGAUUCCUACAUAUGGUUUGAACUAUUCGGAAGUCCAACUGAUCGGGAUGUUGAUCUUAUUGGCAGCACUGUUCAAUCAUGGUAUGUAAUGGGGCGUCUAGGAGCCUUCAAUUCUUCAAAUCUGCAGUUGGCAAAUCAGUCGAUGGAGUACAAUCCCCUCUAUGAUGUAGAGAAGGGCUCUAAAGCGAUGCCAUCAUCAUUCCAUGAUAUAAGUGACGUUGAAUUUCAAGAUAACUGGGGCAGAUUUUGGGUAGAUCUCGGUACAUCUGAUUUUUUUGCCAUAGAUGUGCUUCUCAACUGCUUAACUGUAUUGAGUUCAGAAUAUUUAGGUAUUAAACAGGUAGUUUUUGGAGGCCGUCGAUUAGGUGACUGGGAAGAGGGGAUGACAGAUCCUGAUGACGGGUACAAAUAUUUCAAAAUCUAAGUUUGUUGAUUGUAACAUUUGUUUUCAAUUGUUUACAUGUUGUUUUAUAGUAUAUCUUUGGAAAUAUAUGCAUGAUUGUAGUC